AAUUUCUGAUUUAUUUUUGGCGCCACAAUAUGAGUUCUCCCUGUGGCAAGUGUAAUACAUGUGCAUGUUCUGGUCAAACAACUCAGCCGUCUCGACAAGAGCCAUGUGGGCAAUGUGGACAGGUACAUUCGCAGCCGCAACACCAAGUUAAUUGUCCUUCGCAGCAACAACAACAGCAGCAACCAAGAUCUUAUUCAGGACCGCAACAGCAACAACAACAAUCAUCUUAUGGUGCAGGUCAAUCGAAAACGACAGGUAUGCAAAAUGAAAAGAGAUCUAGAGUCGAAUGCCGCUGUGUACCCAACAAAGAUAGACGGAACGCACCUGUGCAAGCACCAUUGGCUGAUACAUACACUUGUUUGCGACCACGGCCACAACCCCAGGCUCCAGAGCAGCCGAUGUGUACGUGCAAGCAACAGACUGCCCCUGCCACUUGCGAAUGUGCCCCACCAAUUCCGAUCCAACGGCCACCAGUUAAUUGUGACGCACAAAAUACGGCACCGCCGACACAUGCAUAUAUUAGUUGUGGCACACCAACUAACGUUAAACGCCAACCGGACCCAUGUACUGGACCUACCGAGCGCGAUAUGGUUCCGCCAUAUAUGAGGGAUAACACUAAGACAAAGCGUCAGUCAUGUAGCCACUGCCAAUCGCAAAAACAGAAGAAGAAGUGCGUCAUACAAUAAUAUAAAACACGAUUGGGCACAACAUAGUAGGCUGACCGGGAUCAGUCGGGCACAUGAGCAAUACAAAAAUGUUUCAAACUCAUUAUUUGGAAACAAUUUACAUUUCAGUUAAAAUUCUAUAAAAAGCAACAAAAUUUUCAAUUGUUAAUACGAAUACGUGGCAUUUAGUCCAUCCCUAUAUAUUAGUUGAGCCAUUGCGCCACCUAUCAGACCAAAAAAUAGGCAACGAUGUCCUGUAAUGUUCCUAAUACGGCCUGCAACACAAAGUCGAAGAACGCAAAUCAGGGCUGCUGUUGCUCGCCAAGCUUGACGCGCAUGCCACCUGCGAUUCAACCAUGCGGCGCCACACAAACUCAACAGUGUGCCGUAAGGACUGGAAGCGUUCCGGUUACCUACAGCAGGCCACCAAACCAAGGAGUGUGCAGUCAUUGCAAGGGAAAGCGCAAGAAGCGUUGCAGCAUUCAAUAAACUUAGGCAAUGUAAGCUUUUUUUUCCAGAAUUGUCAAACUAUUGAAGUUAAAGUUGAUCAAAGUUGGCUUCAAAGGAUGACAUCAUUUUGAGUUAUUCAAAAUCCUCAUUUUAAAAUUCAAUUCGUUUGGAGAACAAGUCUUAGUUCCAAAUGUAACAGUUUGGAAAAAAAAAAUUAACAAAAUAUACGAAAAUCAAAAAUUGAAGCUGUUCUCCUCCCAUCGCGAAUUUCUAAAAUCAGAAUGUCCAAGGCUGCAGUACCAGCUGGAAAAACCGGAUCGGAAUCGCCCGGAGCAAAUGUGCCCAGGCAACAGUGCGUUUGCAAUCCACCAGAACUUCCACCACAGCCGUGCCUGCCGCAGCCAGAGGUCAUAAGAAUUCCCUGCAACCCUACACCUGUUGCCCGACUGCCUGAAAAUACGUAUUACCGCUGCGACCCUCCACCAAAGGUUUCCAGGAACCGUAAAUGCAGCAUACAAUAAUUGAAGCGGCAAAAUAUUGAACAGAAUAUGAAAAUCAAAAACAGAAA